UUCAGUCCUGUUUAGGAAGCGACUGUGACGUGUUAUUCCUCAAACUGUGGCUUCAACUUCAUAAGUUCAGUGGGAGCUUGUAGAGGAAGAGUGGUAUUUUUGGAAAGUUUGGUUCUCAUCUGAAAUACAUUCCCUGCUUUCGGUGAAUAUCCGUCAGUGUUCUUCAGUUAGACCAGCAGUCACAUCGUAAUAACUUCGCCUAGUUCUUUCAUAUCCGUAUACUGCUGUUGUUAUCCUAGCCACGCCCAUCCAUCAUGUCCAGCCGCGGUCCUGCUUAUGGUAUGUCUGCUCAAGUGGCCAACAAGAUGGCCUCAAAACGUGACCAAGGUCUCGAAGCAGAGCUUCUUCAGUGGAUAGAAGCCAUCUUGGGUGAGAAACUCCCACCCGGUAGCUUUGAUGACAUUCUGAGAGAUGGUGUUAUCCUCUGCAACUUGAUGAACAAGAUGAUGCCUGGUUGUAUCCAAAAGAUCAACACUUCUGGAGGUCAAUUCAAGAUGAUGGAGAACAUCAACAGAUUUCAAGAUGCAGCCAAGAAAUGGGGAGUUCCAGAGAUUGAUGUCUUCCAGACAGUCGACCUAUGGGAGAAGAGGAAUAUUGCCCAGGUGGCUCAGUGUCUAAUGGCUCUCGGACGGGCAUGUUAUCUCCAUCCUGAGUGGAAAGGACCUUGUUUAGGUCCUAAACCUUCCGAAGAAAACAAGCGUGAGUUCACCGAGGAGCAGCUCCGUGCUGGCGAGGGUAUGAUCAACCUACAAUACGGAACGAACAAGGGAGCUAACGCCAGUGGCCUCAAUUUCGGCAACACUAGGCAUAUGUAAAUGUCGCUUCGUCUGCAACACGGUUGGAGCAACGUCUCUAAUGUGAAUCAUUUAUUGCAAACCUUUGCAUAAACUACGUAGAGAGACACAAUAUGUUGAAAUUUUAUAACACCGGAAGAAGAUAAUUUUAUUAAAACUUUCUACGCUGAAAAAAAAAAAAAAGAAAAUUUAUAUCUUACAUUUUGGGUUCACGAGUCAAUCCAUUUGCAUUUCAAACUUUCUUAACUCCAUCAGAAACAAUUUCAGGCCUGGAUUUUAAAACUUGAACGUUACCUAUGUAGAAAUAGCAGUAUCGUUCUUUAAUACUCUAGUUGUUGUUUUCUUUUUUUUUUUUUGUCAAUGCAGGCAUUUGUUUCCAUUUGUACGUAUAUUUUCAGUUGCAGCCCAAAGAGGUCUGAUUUGGUCCUAAUAAAACAACUACAAGUUGAAGUUGCGCAUGUAUAAACUGGGACAUCUUGUAUAGUGAAAGUUAAUAAAAGAGUAAACCAGUCAACUUUUGUCUCUGGUCACAAGA